AUGCACCUGACGGCAAAAUGGCGGUUUGCUUCGCUCUCUGGUCGAAUCGAUUUAUACUCUCCACUCUCAUCUCCCUCCCGUGCCCGAAGAAAUCCCCACCUUUGCCUCUCCUUCCUCCGAACCCUAACCCCAGCCAUGGCCCCCGGCGCGGCGGUCGCCGCCAAAUCCGAUGACGAGGACGACUACGAGGAGUAUAUCCCCGUCUCCAAGCGCAGGGCCAUGGAGGCCGACCGCCUCCGCCACCAGCGCCUCUCCAAGCCCGCCGCCGCCGCCUCCGCGGGCUCCCUCCCACCGCCUCCGCCCCCGCCGACGGCCAACCCCGCCGCCGCCCCCGAUGACGCUGCCCCCGCCGCCAAGCCCAGCCUCCUCGUCACGUCCACGCAGCUCAAGCGCGCGGCCCCGGAGGUCACCGCCACCGAGCAGAUCAUCCUGCAGGAGAAGGAGAUGAUCGACAACCUCUCCAACAAGAACACGCUCAUGUCCGUGCGGGAGCUCGCCAAAGGCAUCACCUACACCGAGCCGCUCCGCACCGGCUGGAAGCCGCCGCUGCGCCUCCGCCGCAUGCCGCGCAACAAGGCCGACGAGCUCCGCCGCAAGUGGCACAUCCUCGUCGAAGGCGACGAGAUCCCGCCGCCCGCCCGCGACUUCCGUGACCUCCGCUUCCCCGAGCCCAUCCUCCGGAUGCUCCGUGAGAAGGGCAUCGUGCAGCCCACGCCCAUCCAGGUGCAGGGGCUUCCCGUGGUGCUCUCCGGGCGCGACAUGAUCGGCAUCGCCUUCACCGGGUCCGGGAAGACUCUGGUGUUCGUGCUGCCCCUCAUCAUGGUGGCGCUGCAAGAGGAGAUGUUGAUGCCUAUUGUGCCUGGGGAGGGCCCGUUUGGCAUGAUCAUUUGCCCAUCACGGGAGCUGGCCAAGCAGACAUAUGAUGUCAUCGAUAUGUUCCUCACUCCACUCAAGCAGGCUGGAUUCCCAGAAAUACGGCCAUUGCUUUGCAUUGGGGGUAUAGACAUGAGGACACAACUCGAUGUGGUGAAGAAGGGCGUACAUAUUGUGGUCGCCACACCUGGACGGCUCAAGGAUCUUCUCGCCAAGAAGAAGAUGAACCUUGACAACUGCAGGUAUUUAACUUUAGAUGAAGCUGAUAGGCUUGUUGAUCUUGGAUUUGAGGAUGACAUUCGGGAGGUUUUUGACCAUUUCAAGGCACAAAGGCAAACCCUUCUUUUUUCUGCCACUAUGCCCAAGAAGAUUCAGAACUUUGCAAAGAGCGCCCUUGUGAAGCCAGUAAUCGUCAAUGUUGGAAGAGCCGGGGCAGCGAAUCUUGAUGUCAUCCAAGAAGUUGAGUAUGUCAAGGAAGAUGCCAGAAUUAUAUACCUCCUUGAAUGCCUUCAAAAGACUCCACCUCCUGUUCUUAUAUUUUGUGAAAACAAAGCUGAUGUUGACUACAUCCAUGAGUAUCUUCUUCUAAAGGGUGUGGAAGCUGUUGCAAUCCACGGAGGCAAAGAUCAGGAGGAGAGACAGAAUGCGAUUGAGUUCUUCAAGAAUGGAAAGAAGGAUGUUUUGGUGGCUACUGAUGUUGCCUCAAAGGGUCUUGAUUUCCCUGAUAUCCAGCACGUGAUUAACUAUGACAUGCCUGCCGAAAUAGAGAACUAUGUCCACAGGAUUGGUCGAACCGGUCGAUGUGGGAAAACAGGAAUAGCAACUACGUUCAUCAACAAGAACCAGACAGAGACUACGCUUCUUGACCUCAAGCACCUGCUCAAGGAAGCGAAGCAAAGAAUACCACCAGUGCUUGCUGAGCUCGUUGAUCCGCUAGAGGAUGCUGAAGCUAUUGCCAAGGAGAGUGGUGUCAAAGGAUGUGCAUUCUGUGGUGGUCUUGGGCAUCGUCUUGCUGACUGUCCAAAGCUGGAGCACCAGAAGUCUGUGGCGAUCGCCGGCUCCAGAAGAGAUUACUACGGCGGUGGAGGUUACCGAGGAGAAAUAUGA